CCUGGACCGGGACGCGGACCCGGUCCCGGCAUGGACCAGACCUUCCUCCGCUGGAAGGUUCGGACCCUGACCCGGCUGGACCUCAGCAGGAAGGGCAGCGUGGACCAGGACGUGGUUCCGCUGGUGGACCUGAUCAACCGAACCGAGCCGUUCUUCACCACCAGCUCCUGCUCGGGCCGGAUCAUCCUCACGGAACCGAACCCGGACUCGGGCCAGGUCAUCCUAACGGAACCGAACCACGGGGUCCAGAAGCAGAACCUCGUCUGGCUGCUGGUGUCGCAUCAGAAGGUCUCGGCUGAGGACCUGGUCUCCGGUCUGGGACGCUCCACCGGAGACGCCGUGCUGAAGUUCGAACCCCUGGUCCUGCAUAUCCAGUGCCGGAGGCUGGAGGACGCCCAGCUGAUGCACUCGGUAGCUGUCAACUCCGGCUUCAGGAACUCUGGACUCACGGUUGGGAAGACGGGGAAGAUCAUCACGGCGGUCCGCAGCACCCACGGCCUGGAGGUCCCUCUUACGCGCGACGGGCGGCUGCUGGUGGGACCCGAGUACGUCCACUUCCUGGUUCAGGCAGCCAAUCAGAAGCUGGAGGAGAACCGGAGACGCAUCCAGCGGUUCUACCAGAACCUGCAGGCGGCCCUCGCUCCAGGACCAGGACAAGGACCAGAACCAGGAACAGGACCAGAAACCGGACCGGAGGACAGGAAUUUCACGCAGGUGUACCAGCGAAGGAGGAGGCGGGGCCGCCAGACGGACUGUAAACAAGGCGACGGGGGCCGCCAGGCCGACCGUAACCACGGCGAAGGGGGCUGUGAGCUGGACAUGGAGGACUGUCUGGACCUGUUCAGCUAACCGGGCCCCAGAACCGGGUUCAGUUCCAGAACCGUCCGAAUCUAAAAACCUCACAACAUCAAUAAAUAUGAAUCUUUUUGUUUCA